AUGCAAAAAAGAAUGCUUAAUCAAUUCAAUGAUAAAAAAAAAAGUGUAAACGAUAUAAACAGUUCUUAGGUUAACUUAAAUACAACUACUAACAUCAAUAAAAAUAACCAAUAAAUAACUUUUGGAGAUGAUGCUUUAGAAAAAAGUGGUAUAAGAUUUGGUGAAGAUUACAGAAGAUAGCUUUUAGAGUAAAAUAAUUCUACAUCUUUUAACUAACUAAAUAAUAAGAGGUAUUAGACAGAAGAAAUAGCCGAUAUAGAUUCUGUUAGAUCCAAAUAUAACAAUAACGCUUCUCAAAUUCCUUAAAAGUAAUAUUUAAAAUCAGGAUAUGUAAAAAAUGGACAAUAAAACUAAGCAUCAGCGCAAAAAAAUCUUAGCCUUUAAGCUAAAUAAAAGAAUGAUGAAAAAUAAUUGAUUUAGAAUGAAAGCUGCUAUAAUCUGGAAGAUAUUAAAAGUAUUCAGCAAAUAAACGAUAUCAACAAGGAAGAAAAAGAGAUAGAAAGCGGACAAAAUUUAAGAGUAUACGAUUUUCAUUUAUAAAAUAAAAAUAUGCCUACAAUUAACAUUAAUAGCGAAUGUUAUAUUGGAUCUAAAAAGAAUUAAUUUGCAUCUGAGUUACUUAAUCCAUCUGUAAAUACUUCUGAAAAUAGAAAGCUACUUUGGUCAAAAAACUUCUUUACAAUUGUUGCUUAUAUUGCAAAAUUUAAGUAUCAUUUAAAGAAAUAGCUAAUCUUUAGAAAUCCUGAUUUACUAUAAAAAAAUUAAAUUCAAAUUAUUGAUGAUAAAGGAGCUAAAGGAAUUGAAGAAAUGGAUUAGAGUGCUCUCAAAAAUAACCAUAAAAAGCAGCUUAAAAGUUACAGCAAAUAUAGAACUAUCAGAAAAUUAAAAAAGCGGUUAUUAUUAACAAAGAAAUAAUUAAAAGUAAUAUGGAAGCCAGCUCAUUAAUUUUUUUUAAAGUGUAUGAUCAUAUUUAAAGUGGCCUUAUCAAGUUUAGAUAUUCCUCUCUUUUCUCCUACUAAUCCUUUCAUAAUUGCUUGGGAUAUUAUAAAUACUCUCCUAAUAUUUGUAUAAACCCUUUACAUUUCAUUUAAUUUUUCAUACGGCAGCUAUUUGUAUAUUUAUUAACUUGAGCUAGUUUCUUAGAUUAUUUUUAUCACUAAUAUAUUAGUUUAAUGUAAUCUCUCAUACUACGAAAAGGGAAUUCAAAUCAAUCAGAGGAAACUGAUUUUGAAGCAUUUUUUUCAAAAGCUUUUUUUUAGUGAAGUACUUGCUAUGAUUGGACUAUUUAUGCCAAAUGGAGACCCAAUUUAAUUCCUUUUUUUCUUUAAAUUUCCAUAAUUUCAUAACGUUGUGAAUAAAUACAAAGAAAACAAUCAAUUCAGCAUAAAAAUAAAUUUAAUUUUUAAUAUUACAAUUCUCUUAACAGAAGUGAUUUAAUUUGGUCAUUUCCUAUGUUGUGCUUGGUAUAUUCUGGGGAAAUAUAAUUAUAAAAAUUCUAAAGAUAACUUAUCUUGGGUAUAAGGAAUGGAUUUGAAUAAUAUAAAAUCUAUGUACAUAGCUUCUCUUUAUUUUUGUGCAAUCUCAAUAACAACAAUUGGAUAUGGAGAUGUUGUAGCUAAAAAUGAUAAUGAAAGAAUAUUUGUAAUUUUCAUGUCACUCACUUCAACCGGAGUUUUAGGAUACACUAUAAACAGAAUGAAUAAUAUCUUAGAUGAGUACUAUAAGUUAAAUAACCAGUUUAGAACUUAGCUUAGUGAUAUAAAUUUUUACAUGAAUUAAAGAGAAGUUAGUUAAAUAAUUCAAAAUAGAGCUAGAAAUUAUUUAGAGUAUGUUUACAAGGAAGGAUAUGUAAACAGUGAAAAAAUAUCAAAGUCUUUGCAAUCUCUGAGCUCUAAUAUUAUUGAAGCUAUUCAAGAAGAUAUCUUUUAUAAGACUUUAAAGAAAAUAGAAAUAUUGGAAAGUAAUUUUUCAAGAGGUUUUCUUCAAAGAUUAGCUCUAAAAGUUAAGGAAAAUAAUUAUGCUCCUGAAGAAGAAAUUAUUAAAAGAAGUUAAGUUAAAGAUCCAAUAAUUUAUUUUAUAGUUAGAGGUGAAGUUGAAAUUUUUGUAGAUUCAAGCUAAGAUAAGUAUUCUGGAGCUGAUUAGGUUAAGUCAUACUGCAUUUUAGAAAAAGAUACAACUUUUGGGCUAGGGGAAUUUUUAGUAUAAGAAUAAGUUCCAACUUACAGUGCUAGAAGUAAAGGAAUAUCUAGAAUAUAAUCUCUAACCUUUUAAGACUUCUUUGAAACACUUAAAGAAUUUCCUAAAGACAGAGAAAUUUAUCAAAAUAUAAAAGAUAAAUUAAUUUAACACAAUAAUUACUAAGAAUGUAAACUAUAUUGCUAUUCUUGCAAAAGCAGUAGACAUUUAGUUGGAAAAUGCCCUUAUGUUUAAUACGAGCCUAACAAGCUUAAACUUUAUAAUUAGUAUCUUAAAACUACCAAAGACAUUUAUCAAACUUUCAAAAGAAAGAUAUUAAAUAAAAAUAAAUUUAACACUCUAGCAAACCAAUGCUUAGUAGAAGAAGGGAUGAUUAAAUUUUUAGAAUAAAAUAAUUUAAUUGAAUGGGUUUCAGAAGAAUCAAAAGAUGAAGGUGACUAAUAAGAUGAAUAAAUUAAUCAAAAAAAGACAAAAAAAGAUUUAGUGGCACAGUACUCAUUCGAUAUAGAUGAAUAAGAAGAGAUCGAAAGGAAAAAUUUUGAAAUGAAGACUAAAUAAUUGCUGAAAAAAAAGAGAAGUAAAGACAACCAGUCACCAAACUCAUCAAAAUAUAAGUAAAGACAAAUAGAUAGCCCUUUUUAAAAAGAAAAUAAGCCAGUUGUGAAUGAAGUAAUAUAAUUUGAGUCUAAGGAGACUUAGAAUAAAUUAGAAAUAAAAGAAGAUAGAUUCAAAUUAGCAACUAAAUUUUCAGAUUUACUAAAAGAUGUUUCCAGUGAAGAUCUUUCUUUCUACCUUACAAAAAAUGAAGAUAUUAACUUAAUUGAAUAAUAAUAAUAAGAAGAAAAAUUGCAUUAAGAUGCACUAAAUAAAAUAAGAAGGUUAUAAUUGUUUACUCAAAAAUCUCCUUAAACUAUUUCUCAGUUUACAAAUUAUUUCCCAGAUGAAGGUGCCUAACAAAUUCCUAAAUUAGAUUAAGAUGAUUAAACAUCAUUCAGUACAGCCUAUAAUAUUCUUCAUCUUCUUUCCAAAUAAGCAACAAGUAAAAUGGAGCAGUUAUAACCUUGUACAAUAAAUUAGACUCCUAUAAUUUCAAAUUCUUCAACUACAACAAAGGUAAAUUAAUAAGUAAAGACUCCUACACAAAAAAGAAUAUCCUCAUCUCCUAAAAAUAAUCAUAAACGAUAAGCUUAAGGCAAUUAAAAUUAAUAGAACUAGAAUUAUAACUUAGAGGUUCAAAACAUUUUAAAUAAGAUAAAUGAACUAUUUAAAAAAAAUAAAGAAGAUCAUUUAGAUUAAAAGAAGAUAUUAGAAUUCCAAAAUAAUGGUAAAAUACAAACUGGUGAAUUAACAUAUUAGAAUUAAUUAAAUAAACAAGGUGAUGAUUUUGAAAUAAUUAGAGAAUUUAAUCAUUACUUUACUCAUAAUAAUAUCACCAACAUAAUAAAAAAACUUUAUGAAAACCAACCAAAGUAAUUAAGAUAAUCUAGAUUUUCAAAUAUAUAAAAAAUUAAAAAAUCAAAAACCAUUAAACUUAACAUAAACAAAACUACAGUCAAAAAAUCAAAUAUUUGA